AUGGCCUCUAGUAUAAGAAAGAAUUUUCUAACACUUUUUCUCGCCGGCCUUCUCGCGGGGGCACUGCCGUCAUUGGCUGUGGGUCAGAACUGCGGUUGUGCUGCAGACCUGUGCUGUAGCCAAUAUGGUUAUUGUGGCACUGGAAAUGACUAUUGUGGCGCAGGGUGCCAGGAGGGCCCUUGUUUUGCACCACCCAGUACUAAUGAUGUUUCAGUUGCUGAUAUCGUGACAGAUGCUUUCUUUAAUGGGAUUGCUAAUCAAGCUGGCUCCGGCUGCGCCGGGAAAGGCUUCUACACACGAGCGGUAUUUCUGGAAGCCCUGAAUUCAUAUUCACAAUUUGGCAGGGUUGGUUCCAUUGAUGAUUCUAAGCGUGAGAUCGCAGCUUUCUUUGCUCAUGCCACUCAUGAGACUGGACACUUUUGCUAUAUAGAGGAGAUAGAUGGUCCUUCUAAGGACUAUUGCGACGAGUCUAAUACACAGUAUCCCUGUGCACCUAACAAGGGUUACUAUGGACGAGGUCCACUUCAACUAUCAUGGAAUUACAACUAUGGGCCAGCCGGAAGGAGCAUAGGGUUCGAUGGACUAAACAAUCCUGAGAUCGUCGCCACAGACAGCCUUGUGUCCUUCAAGGCCGCCUUGUGGUUUUGGAUGAAUAGAGUUCACACCAUCAUAACUUCUGGCCAAGGGUUUGGAGAAACCAUUCGCGCCAUUAAUGGCCGACUUGAAUGUGAUGGUGCAAAUCCUGAUACUGUAAAUGCCCGUGUUGCAUAUUACACAGACUAUUGUAGCCAACUUGGUGUUUCUCCCGGGGAUAAUCUGAGAUGUUAG